AUGAAGGCCUUUCCCCGCGCCCUGCCCAUCCCCCGGCCGUCCCCGUUCAAUGACUUGGGAGCCUGCUCGCCCCCCAGCAUGAAGGGCUUGUCGGGCAGCCGCAGCCACCACCACCACCACCACCACCACCCCCACCAGGGGGUCGGCUGCGAGGCGUCCUGCGACAGCCUGCCCCACCCCCCCGACAGGAAGCCAUAUCUGCUGAACCCCCUGGACCCCCACCCCGCCGACCACCCCUACUACACUCAGAGGAACUCCUUCCAGGCGGAGUGUGUGGUGCCCUACAACGAGCAGAUGGCCAGCAGCACCUUCCCCCGGAGGCACUACAGCUCCCACCACGAACUCAAGGACGAGUGCGCCCUGGUCCCCCAUGCCGCCGCCACUGCCGCCAAGGCCAACCGCAUCCCUGCCAACCUCCUGGACCAGUUCGAGAGGCAGCUGCCCCUCAACCGGGACGGCUACCACACCCUGCAGUACAAGAGGACCGCCCUGGAGCAGCGCGGCGACAGCCCGGGCAGGAUCCGGCACCUGGUCCACUCUGUCCAGAAGCUCUUCACCAAGUCCCACUCCCUGGAGGGGCCCUCCAAGGGCAGCGUCAACGGUGGCAAGGGCAGCCCCGAGGAGCCGCAGGGCCUGCGCCACGGCAAGCGCAGCAAGAGCAAGGAGAGGAGGGCGGAGGGCAAGCCCAGGGCCAACGCCUCGGGCUGGUGGAGCUCGGACGACAACCUGGACAACGAGGUUUGCCUCUACCAUGGUCCCAGCCACGGGGUGAUGACUGUGGGGAGGUGCCCCGACCGCUCCUCCUCCCAGUACUUUCUGGAAGCCUACAACACCAUCAGCGAGCAGACUGUGAAGUCCUCCCGAAGCAAUAACGAUGUCAAGUGCUCCACCUGUGCCAACCUGCCUGCCAGCCUCGACUCCCAGCUGAUGAAGAAGAGCUCCUGGUCCUCCACGCUGACAGUGAGCAGAGCCCGGGAGGUGUACCAGAAGGCCUCUGUGAACAUGGAGCAGGCGCUGGUGAAGGCAGAGACGGAGCGCUCCUGUCAGUACCUCCAGGUGCCCCAGGAUGAGUGGUCUGGGUACAGCCCCCGGGGGAAGGAGGAGGAGAUCCCCUGCCGCAGGAUGCGCAGCGGCAGCUACAUCAAAGCCAUGGGGGACGACGACAGCGGCGACUCAGACACCAGCCCCAAGCCCUCUCCGAAGGUUGCUGCCCGCAGGGAGAGCUAUCUCAAGGCCACCCAACCAUCCCUGACAGAGCUCACCACCCUCAACUGUAAUCCUCUGGCUCCUGCUAAGCCUCCAAAGCACAAAUGCUCCUCAAAGCUUCUCCAGAUUACUCAGAUCCACUUCCUGUCAUCCUGUAUCACCACCUACAAGAAGACCCCACCCCCGGUGCCCCCCCGGACCACCACCAAACCUUUCAUCUCCAUCACCGCCCAGAGCAGCACAGAGUCUGCCCAGGAUGCCUACAUGGAUGGGCACGGGCAGAGGGGGGACAUCAUCAGCCAGUCUGGGCUCAGCAACUCCACGGAGAGCCUGGACAGCAUGAAGGCCCUGACGGCUGCCAUCGAGGCUGCCAAUGCCCAGAUCCAUGGCCCUGCCAGCCAGCACCUGGGCAGCAACACUGCCACCGUCACCACCACCGCCACCAUCGCCACCGUGGCCGUGGAGGACAGGAAGAAAGAUCUCUUCAAGAAGAACAGAUGCUUGUCCAUUGGCAUACAGGUCGAUGGUGCUGAAGAAAGCCCCAAAUCAGGUGAAAACAAGGCAAGCAGUAAGUUCCAGUCCAUAGGAGUCCAAGUAGAGGAGGAGAAGUGCUUCCGCAGGUUCACGCGGUCCAACAGCGUCACCGCCGCCGUGCAGGCAGACCUGGACUACCACGAGAACUUUGAGAUCAUCGACCCUCAGGAGGACAAUUCCUGCCCUGGCCCAGCCUCCAGGCAGUUCUCCCGAGACGCCAGCACCUCCACCGUCAGCAUACAAGGGUCAGGGAACCACUACCACGCCUGUGCCGUGGACGAUGACUUUGAGACAGAUUUUGACCCCUCGAUUUUGCCUCCUCCUGACCCCUGGAUCGACUCCAUCACCGAAGACCCUCUGGAAGCUGUGCAGAGGUCAGUGUGCCCCCGAGAUGGCCACUGGUUCCUGAAGCUGCUGCAGGCAGAGAGGGAUCGGAUGGAGGGCUGGUGCCAGCAGAUGGAGAGAGAAGAGCAGGAGAACAACCUGCCCGAGGACAUUCUAGGGAAAAUCCGAACUGCGGUGGGCAGUGCCCAGCUCCUCAUGGCCCAGAAAUUUUACCAGUUCAGAGAACUUUGCGAAGAAAACCUGAACCCCAACGCGCACCCGCGGCCGACCUCCCAGGACUUAGCAGGGUUUUGGGAUAUGCUGCAGCUGUCCAUAGAGAACAUUAGUAUGAAAUUUGAUGAACUCCAUCAGUUAAAGGCCAAUAAUUGGAAACAGAUGGAUCCUCAUGACAAGAAGGAGAGAAGGGUCCCUCCUCCAGUGCCAAAGAAGCCAUCGAAAGGUCAGGUGCCACUGAUCCGGGAACGCUCCCUGGAGAGCUCGCAGCGCCAGGAGGCUCGGAAGCGCCUGGUGGCCGCCAAGCGCGCGGCCUCUGUCCGCCAGAACUCCGCCACCGAGAGCGCCGAGAGCAUCGAGAUCUACAUCCCCGAGGCCCAGACCAGGCUAUGA